CGAGCUCAGUGAGCUCAGUCGGUUAGGCAUCGCCGCCGAGUCUAGUCAUCAGCUGACAUCGUCGCGCGCGAGACAUCGGAGGAGAGCCGAGCUGAGCAGCCAAGUUUGGAGAGCCGCGGAUGCCUCCUUCAUAGCAGGUCUGUUUAUAACUCCACUUUUAAACCGCCAGUGCGUAAUGUGAAAAAAAAAAAGUAAACUCGCGUAUUUUGGCUCGGCCAGUGGGCAACGUGCGGGUGUACGUGCACGUAUAUUAGCCGUAUAAUUUAUGCGCCGGAUCGAUAAAACUUGUACAGUUACUUAUAAACAAAGUGUUGCGAACGUCAUUCUCGCGCUUGAAAGUUGCAUAGUUUUUGCGGAACUAGUAAAGCUCGACAUUGCAUUGAUUGGGGCUUGUUAAAGUAAGAGGAUGGGAGAGGGGACCACGGAGACAGCAUCAAAAAUAAAAUCUUGGCCUGUUAUGUGCAUGAUGGCGUUGGCUUCUGGAAUAACGGAAAACGACCCAAAUGGAGUUGAAGAGAUUGAAGCACCAAAGACUUGGCCCUACAUGACUUUUGCUUCUCUGGGCAAAUCUCUAUUUAUGAAACUGGCUACUGUUGGCGUCAUCUGGGGUGUUGGUUACAUGAACUGGAAUUUUGCAUGGCUCAUCCCUCCAAUUGCAUUCGUUGUGUUAAAGAGCGAACAAAAGAAGGACGGAAACUUAAAAAGACUAACUGCUCAAGCGACUGCACUUUCUAAGGAGAAAAUAAUUAUCGAAAAUAGAAUUGAUGAUCUGCCUACAUGGGUUUAUUUUCCUGACUAUGACAGAGCUGAAUGGUUAAAUGGGAUCUUGUACAAAGUAUGGCCUAGCGUUAAUCAUUAUGCUCGAGAUUUAUUAAAAAACACUGUUCAAGCCACAAUCUCUGAACGCUUAGCUGAUUAUCAAAAAAAAAUUCCUGGACUUGGUCAAGAAUUCAAGUUUGAGAGGCUUGUCUUAGGAAGAAUUCCUCCAAAAAUUAACGGAGUUAAGGUUUAUGAUAAACAUACAUCCAGAAAUGAAGUAGUAUUUGACAUGGAUAUAAUGUAUGCUGGAGAUUGUGACAUUACAUUUUCCAUGGGAACAUUCAAAGCUGGAAUAAAAGAUUUUCAGAUGCGAGGCAUGUUGAGAGUGACUCUAAAACCACUCAUUCCAAUUAUACCAAUAGCUGGUGGUGUGCAAGUAUUCUUUUUAAAUUGUCCAAUAAUUGACUUCAAUCUGGUUGGUGUAGCAGAUAUUCUCGAUCUUCCUGGAUUUAGCGACGUACUUCGAAAAAUAAUCACUGAGCAAAUUGCUGCAAUCGCUGUUUUGCCAAAUAAAUUCAGCAUGCCAUUGACUGAUGAAGUCCCAGCAGAAGUUAUGAAAACUCCUGAACCAGAAGGCGUUCUUCGAAUCCACGUUGUACAAGCUAAGCAUCUUAUGAAAAAAGACAUUGGUAUGUUAGGUAAAGGAAAGUCUGAUCCUUAUGCAGUCAUCACUGUUGGAGCUCAAGAAUUUAAAACUAAGACUAUAGAUAACACGGUAGAUCCCAAAUGGGAUUACUGGUGUGAGGCUGUGAUCUGUAGUGUCAUUAGACAAGAAGUUCAAUUAACUGUUUGGGACUGGGAUCCAAACGUUCCUGGGGUACAGCUUGAUGACUUUCUUGGAAGGGCAACGAUUGAAGUGAGCCGAGUCAAAAAGAAGGGAACCAUUGACACAUGGGUAUCUUUGGAGUUGGCUAAACAUGGCAUGGUUCAUCUUCGCCUAGUGUGGCUUAAACUUACAACGAACCCAGCUGAUUUAGCAGCUGCACUCAAAGAAACUCAAGAGUUGCGAGUCACUGCAAUGAGCACUGCCAUUUUAAUACUUUACAUUGAUUCGGCCAAAAAUCUACCUUGUGUAAAAGGAAGCAAACAACCUGACGUAUAUCUUGAAGCAAGCGUCGGCGGUAAAUUAGAAAGAACGGGAACAAUGUUAAGAUCUUGCAAUCCUGUUUGGGAGCAAGGAUUUACUUUACUGGUGGCAAAUCCUGAAACUGGCACUUUGCAUAUUAAGAUCCAUGAUGAAAAGUCCGUGACUGUGAUUGGAACAUUUACCUACAAUCUAUCGACUCUACUGACAGAAAACGAUAUGGGUGUAAAACUGCAACCUUUCGAUUUACAAAAGAGCGGCUCAGAUAGUAAAGUUGUCUUAUCAAUGUCUUUGAAAAUUUUGAAAUACGAAGAACCGGAAGUUACUUCUGAAGACGAAGAUGAUCACGACAUCCAAAGUUUAAACAAAAAAAUUGAUCGCCAGGAAUCAACCGCUUCGAGCAGUAUUCCAGACAGUCCACUCAAGCGUCAACCUUCAAAAGACUCGAUCCAAAGUGCUGCAAGUAAUGUAACUUCAGCAGAAUUAGAAGCAGCUAUGUCUUCUAAUGACGCCGUAGAAGGGAGGAUAAAACGAGAGUCUGCUUCUGCCCCUAUAUCGGCUAUUCCUCCAUUCUCGUCCGUUAGAAAUAGUUCACCUGGCUUGAUCCGUAGAAAUCCAAGUGUCACUUCAUCGGCUGGAGAUUCCAAACUUGGGAGGAUUCAGUUGACUCUGAGAUACAGCGUCGCCAGACAGAAGCUGAUGGUUGUCAUACACAAAGUUGCCAAUUUGCCACUGCCUGCAAACGAUCCAUCGAACAUACCAGAUCCAUACGUCAAGCUUUACUUGCUUCCUGAUAAGCACAAGGAGACUAAGCGCAAAACGGCAGUAAUGAAGGAUAACUGCAACCCAACAUUCGACGAACAGUUCGAGUACAUCGUGUCCCAGGGCGAUAUUAACACGCGAAUCUUGGAGUUGUCCGUCUGCACUCAGAAGGGUUGGCUGUCGACGGGCAGCAAUUGCAUGGGUCAAGUACUUAUAAACCUGUCCGAGUUGGACUUUACUCAAGCCGUUACAAGCUGGUAUGAUCUCCAGUCGGAAUCAAAAGACUAGAAGAGAGCGAAACUGAAACGAAAGUACUACUGGCUUCUCUGUACUUCGUGCCUCUCUAGACGAUCUACUGUAGAGUAGUUCGUUGGCGUUUAACUAACCAACUUCCCUAGAUCAAUAGUCACGCAUAUUGCAAAGACUAGCUGUUAUUUCAGUCAUAUUGUAGUAUUUUUUCUCGGGAACGAUUGGGAUAUUUUAAUGUUUUCAUGUCUAAACAAUAAUCUCAAUACAAAUGAAUCUCAAGCAGAAAUCCCUUAUAGAAUCGAAGCAAACAGUAUACGAAUUUUCAUUCAAUGAUUAAGUAUAUUUCGCAAACUAUCAUGAAUUUUCUACAUUUUAUUUACCUUUUAAGGAUUAAGAAAAAAGAAAAUCUCAAAGCGAUCUGCAGGUGCUAAGAAUUUCAGUCAUGUAGAAGUGGAGAUUAUAUUAAUAUAUAUGAGUAUAUGUUAGCUAAGAAGUGUGAUAAAGAAAAAAGUUUUGAAGUUUUUUAUUUUGAUUCAUUGAAAUUUGACAAGUGCUGUGCAUUUUCUAAAACGCCUCUUUAUAAUCUAUACAAAUUAUUAACUAGCAUAUUCUAUAGAGUCUAAGUGAACUGUUUUUAACAAAGCGCUGUGCGUUUCAUAGCUUACAUUAAAAUCUUAUAAAACUUCACAUAGCUUAGCCAAAAUUUAAAAACAAUCUAUGAUCUGAUAAAUUGAGACUUUAUUGUGCAGAUUAGCUGUGUACAAUGUAAUACGUCCAUGCUCGUUAUUAAAUCAAAUUGCACUUGGCGUAGUUAAAAAACAUUUUCAAUUGUGAAACGAAUUGAUUUUUAAAAAUGAAAAAUAUUCAUGAAUGUUAAUUUACAACUGAAAUAAAACAAAAGCUAAACAAUUAGAUUUAUAAGUUAAUAUUUUAAACUAAUGCAUUAACGCUAUAAUGUGAGACUAACAUGAGUGCAUUAUAUUUCUACAAACCUUUUGCUACAUUCUGUCUACUCAUGUAAAAAAUAAAUAAUGCUAAAUAAAAAUAAACGUCAUAUUUGAUGUUA